GUGGUUACCAGCCCUGUUCCGCCUACACUACCCUUCCUCUUGCAAGAAAUUCAACUGCCUUGAACGCACAUUCGAAGCCUUUCUCUGGUGAAGAUGUAUAGGUAUAAUUAAAGGCAGAAGAUCAUUGCUGUUGCCUCUUCAUCCCCACAUCAGCUGACCAAGAUGACCAUCUCUGUGGACUUCGAGGAGUGUCUGAAGGACUCCUUAAAGUUCAGAGCUUCAAUUGAAGGAGUAGAGACAGAGGUGACAGAACUUGAAGUCAAACUUGAGAAGCUGGUGAAAUUAUGCAAUGCCAUGCUUGAAGCUGGUCGACUGUACAGCACCAAUGCCAGGCAAUUUGCGAAUGGAAUCCGAGAACUGUCUGGGCAUUGCAAAGACGAUCAGAUGAUGAGCGAAUGUCUGGAGAAAUUUUCACACAGUCUAAGUAGUAUGCUUGAUCAUCACAUGACACUCAUCGACGUGACUCAAAAAUCAGUCAAACAGCAUUUGCAUAGCUUCAUCAAGGAGGACGUGAGGAAGUUCAAGGAAACAAAAAAGCAUUUUGACAGAAGUAGUGAGGAUCUGGAUAAUGCACUGAACAGAAAUGCCCAGGCACCCCCCAAGAAACAGCAUGAGGUGGAUGAAGCUACCAAUGCCCUCCUGGCAGCUCGGAGGUCUUUCCGGCAUGUAUCGUUGGAUUAUGUCCUCCAGUUGCACCAGCUCGUGUUGAACUCAGCAAGAGAUAAACGAGACAUGGAGCAGAGGCAUGCCACCAUAAAGCAAAAGGAUGUACUUUAUGAUGAUUUGGCAGUGGAGUUUAAUAUGGAAGCUCCAAAUGGUGUUGUUAUGGAGGGUUAUCUGUAUAAACGAGCUAGCAACGCCUUCAAAACAUGGAACAGACGAUGGUUUUCCAUUCAAAACAAUCAGCUCGUGUACCAGAAGAAGCUAAAGGAUAAUCUAACGGUUGUAGUGGAAGACCUCCGACUGUGUACGAUAAAGACUGGUGCAGACAGUGAGAGACGAUUCUGCUUUGAAGUCGUGUCUCCAUCAAAGAGUUGCAUGCUUCAGGCUGACUCUGAGAAACACCAGCAAACUUGGAUCCUGGCGGUACAAUCAAGCAUUACAACAGCAUUUAAUGAGAGACGAGAGGAUAAUUAUUCGAAGUUGGAAAGGACUUCGUCUAUGUCUACAGGAGUCUUGGAUUUCCCUGACGAAGCAAGACCCGGAAAGGAAAAGGGUCUCGAGCAGGUGCAAGGCAUCCCAGGGAAUGCUCAGUGCUGUGACUGCAAUGAACACCUGCCCGAAUGGGCCAGCAUCAACCUUGGCAUUACCCUCUGCAUAGAAUGUUCUGGAAUCCACAGGAGUCUAGGUGUCCAUUUUUCAAAAGUCCGGUCACUGACUCUUGAUUCCUGGGAGCCUGAAUUGUUAAAGCUGAUGUGUGAAUUGGGAAACUCUACCAUUAAUCAGAUCUAUGAAGCUCGAAUUGAAGAGAUGACAGUGAAAAAGCCUCACCCUGGAUCUCCUCGGCAGGAGAAAGAAGCCUGGAUUCGGGCCAAGUAUGUGGAGAAGAAAUUUAUCCACAAACUUCCAGAAAGUGGCAUCAGACUUCGAAGGUGUAGCUUAAAACGAAAUCAGCAUCCCACUACCCUGGAGAAAACCCAGAAACCUGAAAAACCACCAAAACCUUUCUUGAAGCCAAAAGGGAAAACCUUCUCCUCGAACUCAGGUUAG